CGCACCAUGAAGACACUGGUCGUUGUAGCCGCCCUCAUGGCCUGCUGCUUGGCUGCUGCAAGUGCCGAAUCUUAUCCCAGUGGUGACACCAGUGUGUCUUCAAGUUAUCACGACCUCAGUAAGAGGAACGCCGAGGCGGAGGCUCAUCCUGGGUACUAUCGUAGAGGCUACGGUGAUUUCCUAACUAACGGUCCCUAUCUUAGAGACCACUUUUCCACCUUUCGUUUCCGUGGUAAGAGGAACGCCGAGGCGGAGGCUCAUCCUGGGUACUAUCGUAGAGGCUACGGUGAUUUCCUAACUAACGGUCCCUAUCUUAGAGAUCACUUUUCUACCUUUCGUUUCCGUGGAUAGAGGAGCACCAUGGCUCUUGCUGAUCCUGAGUACUAAGAUAGAGGCUACAGUGAUUUCCAAAGCAGUGAUCCUUGCCUUCGAGGUCACUCCUCCUCUCGUGAUAAGGGAAGUAGUGAAGCCAACCCUGAAGCAACAGAAGAGGCCCUGGAUGACCCUGAAGUCAGUCUCCAUGCCUUCUCUGAUUAUUUUAGUGUACGACAUGGGAUCACAAGACCCUACAUGCACUCUGAAUACCUGCCAGUAUCAUGAAUACAUUCCCGAUAAUCCACAAUACAAUGUGCUAUUGUAGUAUUGUAAAUAAAGAUUUAACAUGUAUAU